CCUAACACAUUCCAAUCAUCUUCUCCAUAGAUAUCUACCUUAUAAUAUCAACUAAUAUUCCUCUCAUGGCUUCUUCAAACAAUUUUGACAUCCCCCAUUCACCACCACCAAGCAAUGACAGCACCACCGUGAUAGUGGUUGUGUUUGUCUCACUGGGAGGUGUUCUAUUUUUUGCAUUUCUUGCAUUUGCACUAUGCUGCUUCAUCAAGAAAAGAAACAAGAAACUUCAAGAAACUGAUCUGAUUCGUGUUGAUGAACACUUGAAGGUUAAAGAAGCUAUAGUGGAUGGACCUCGUGGUCCCAAAUCUGUAGUUCUGGAGAUUGAAGAUGAUCUUCAUGUUGAUGAAGUUAUUAAGAAACAAGAAGAAGAAAACAUGAAGUUUGGUCAUGGUCAAAAUAAAUCUUUGGAAAUUGAAAGCAAGGCUUAAUGUUUAUUAAUUAGCACUAAAUAAUUGUUCAUCAUUUGUUACUUAAUUUAUUCCUUUACAUGUCCAUGUUAAACAAUUGAGCAUUAAUAAACUUUCUAUGGAACUUUGUAUGACUAA